AUGGCCGUGCCACUCAUCAUCUCGCCGACAUCGUCUCUCAUCACUCAGCCCGACGCUGUGGUCCUCGACGCCUCGUGGCUCUAUGAACCCGACCCGCCGACGCGCAACGCAUACGAAGAGUUCCAAGCAGGGCCUCGCUUCCCCAACGCGCGGUUUUGGGACCUGGAUGCCGUGUCCGAGCCUCACCCCGACGGCUAUAUGCUGAUGCUCCCAUCUCCCGAACGAUUCGCCGCUUUCGCAGGGAAGCACGGCAUUACGAGGGAUUCACAUGUCAUCGUGUACGACAAUGACGGCGUCUUUGCUGCUCCGCGGACAGCAUGGACAUUCAAGGUUUACGGCCACGAGAAGGUAUCCGUGAUCAAUGGUGGUCUGCCGCGGGCCAAAAAGGAGGGCGUCAAGCUCGAGACUGGGCCGCCCAAAGAAUUCCAAGAAACCGAAUAUGCCGUGCCUACUUUGGACCGCGAUGCUGUCGUCCAAUUUGACGAGGUGUUGAAGCUAGCACAGCGACCGUCACCGUCCGCCGGCAGCACUCUGCUGAUAGAUGCGAGACCUGCACCCUCCUACCAGGCCGGCCACAUACCCACCUCUCUCCUUCUUGACUUUCCUUCCUCCCUCCUCAAGGACCAGGCCAGCAAUUUCACGUACCUGCGAGAACCCGAAGAGCUGAAGAAGCACAUUGGGGAGCAGCUUGGGCAAGACAAGUUGGACCAGAUCGUCUCUCAGAAAGCGACCGUCGUCAAUAGUGAGUUCGGCCAUUCCGGCCAUCACAUACCUGAUGUUAUCAUUGAGCAUAAGAGCUGA